CAGCAGACGAUCGCUAUACGUAUACGUACACAAGCUCACAUCGCACAUAGGCGAAAGAAGCAAGUCAAGUAGCAGUUCACUACUAGUCUCACAUGUGCCUUUAAGCUCGCAAGCUGCAGCGGCGACGGCAGACUCGACUUGUGCUUUUGCUGCGCGCAUAGCGCGAGUAUAAGCCGAACAAAACUGGUCGGAAAGAAAGAGAGAUCGCGAGGAAAAGACCAAGUCGUACAAGUGCCUCGUUGCGAUCGCCUGGCUCGAGAGCUCGCUUUAUUUUGUCCGACCGCGAUCACCCGCUAGAUUCAUCUGCUGUUGUUUUUUUGUUUUUUUUCUUUUCGUCUGUCUACUUUUGCAUAGGGAGAAGCUCGACGGAGCUCCACGGAGUUCGCUCCAUCGUGCGCCCACCCAGUGCACCCUGUGAUCGGUAUAUAAAGCUAAAAAAAUUCGAGAUCGCGUUCCAAGAAACUUUUCUUCCUUCUUGUCUCGACGCACAUCAGUAAGUAAUAAAAUGGAGGUAUAAAAAGAAAUUGCCAAGAAAGAUGUGAUUGCUGUGCGCGCGCGAGCCAGUCGAGUGUUGUGCUACUACCUACCAAAUUGUUCUCUCUAUUAAACAACAUAACCGACUAUUAACGUGGCGUUAUUUUUAGAAUAUAUAGCUAAUUUACUAUCUCAUAAACAGGAUAUUUUUCAUUAAAGCGCAGUUGCAAGUCUCUCCCGAACUCGAGUCGUGCUCUGCGUUACGAACGCGCGAGAUAAAAAGCGAUCAAAAAAGUUAAUCGCCCGGGUGACGCGCAUGAGUCGCUCGAAUUCUAUGCUCGAAUAGCCUCUGCGGACACGCGCGCGUGCGAAUUAUAAUCCACGAUGAGCGGCAACGAGAAUCCGGCCGACAAAGCCAAACAAGACGCUCUGUACGAGGAUCGGGAGCCGAAGAAAAUCAUCCGGUUGAUAACCGUGACGGCUUACAUGGUGUCCGUGUCGUUCGUCGGCAUCGUCCUGAGCAUCUACUACGUCUUCCUGUGGCACCCGCCGAAUACACGACUGAUGCACGCGCAAGCUCAGGCCGAGCAUCACGAGAGGCUCGAGGGCGCCAUCGAGUAUCUGCGCCAAGAGCUCGAUCAUCAGCGGCCCUCGUCGUCGGCGCCGCUCUCGAUCAAACUGCCGGUGGCCGAUCCUGUCCACGCCAUGACUCUGGCCGAUGUGCAGCCGCUGGACGUGUUUUACGGCGAGCGACACAGCAGACAGGAGAACUCCUCGUCCAAGACGAGGCGCGAGAUUCUCAAGAAUUUCAACGCCAUACUGAGCGCUAAUUUCGACAGGACGAAGUCGACGAGCGAGGCAACGUCCACGAUAAUGGAUACCCCGGGAGAAUCGGGUUUGUCAAGCGACUCGUCGCAAUCGGCAACGGUUACCAAACACAACGGAGUAAUCGUUGCGAGCGAGGAAGAGAGCUUCACGACAGCCGAAACCACGACGAUCACGACGCCGUCGACGACGAUGACUACGACGACGACGACGAGUCCCACCACGAGGGAAACGGUCACGUUUCCGGCGUCGAUGACGACUCGUUCGAUCAAAAAGACGAGGCUGACGGCCAAAAAGCCCCAUCAGACGCCCUUCGCUCUGAAGCAUCUCGAAGUGCCGAUACAAUCGGAUAGCAUUAAGCGAAGACAAGGAGGCUCGAUCAGUACUCCGAACCCGACGCUUUUUUACAGUACACAAGAAACGAUGUACGAACGGACGGGCUCUUCGGACUCGCCGCUACCCGCGACGACGUCCAACAAGUUCAACGAAGGCUCCGAACGAGCCAGGCAGCAGCAACAGCAUCAGGGCUCCAAGAGUCUUCUGAAGAUUUUGACGACGCUGCCGAGCUCGCACUCGCAGCAGGACGACAUCUAUUAUCCGAAGGCGACGGAUCCGCCGAUCAUCGGCGGCAUCAACGAGGAUUAUCGCGACGCGACGAUGCUACCCGCCGCCGAAGACCUUCUCGACGACUGAGCCGCGCGGAUAAAUGAAUCAACUGUACGGCUCUGAAUUAUUUUGCGGAGAGCGCAUAUCCGAUCGCUGAUGGAAUUGAAUGAAUGUUCGAUGAAAUUGACGUUGUCGUGCUAAUUCGAUACGCGCGCGCUCAGUUUGUAAUUAUACGCGACAGGAUGGGGAUUGAGAUUCUUUGCGAAUGCAAAUAUAUUCAAUGUAAUACGAUAAACUUCUAUCAAUUCUUUGUGAUAAACUUUUCAAUUUUAAUUCUGUACUUUUAGCUCGAAUAUUUUGUUAAUCUCUGGUGACGAUCAUCUAUUGCUUGUAAAUUCAAGGCUUCCUAUUAGAAUUAUCAAUAAUGUAUUAUUAUCACACUCGCCAAAAGUUAUAGAUACUAGAUAUUAUAUUGAAUUUUACUAACACAAAUGAGUUACUUUGUGUAAAUAGGCCUAUUACCACAGAGUGCAUUUUCGGAGUUUGUAGCGUAAGCGCAAAAUGUGUUUAUGUAUUAAGGCAAUUUUCCAAUACAAUUGUCGCAAAAUAUAAUUGUCUUUGUAUACACUACAGCCUCCGAAUUAGCACUUUCAUAUUAGUUCUAAACUGCUACUGUUAGUCCAGUUAUUAAUUAUCAAUAUAGCAUGAUAUAACCAUCAAGUUACGAGAAAAAGUGAAACAUUAAGCUGUAUAGAUGUGUCUGCUUUUAUAGAUGUAUUGUAAUAUUAAUUUAUUAUUCAUUUAAUCUAUAAAGAAAAAUAUGUAUCUAGAAUAAAAAAGUGAUAUUUAUACGUUUGAUCUUGUAAGAAGUCUGGAUGUAAAAUAAAUAUUUCAAAACCUUUAAUACCAAAA